UCAGUACAAGUCACAUGACAGCGACGACAGAGUGAGCGUGAGCUGUACCUGUAUCAAAGUACAAAGACUGUGCAGUUUUAGUCGAAUCACAUUGAAAUUUAGUGAAUAACAAAUUAAACCCAAGACAGAUCAUUUUUGUAAUCGUUUUUUCUACGUGCGCGAUCAUACUGUUUUUUUUUGCACGAAGAUCAGAUGAGAUUUCUGGGUAUCUCUCAGCUCAGUUUGAGGAGACUCAAUGCCGUAUUCUCCGCAGGCACCAUCAGAGGCACCGCAAGCUCAGCCGCUAUGAGACUAGUCCAGUUCUGCCACAGAGGCGGUGAGGGGAGCGUCAGAGUCGGGGUGGAGCAGGCAGAAGGUCAGGGGGUCAUUGAUCUGAAAGCUUUCGACCCCUCCAUGCCUUCCACUAUGAGAGAGUUUCUAGAAAUGGGGCAAAAGGGAAUGGACUGUGCUAAGAGGGCUUUGUCCAGCGGUCAGCAUGUGGUGUCGCAGUCAGAUAUCAGGCUGCUCUCCCCUGUGACCGGCCCAGAGAAGGUGGUGUGUGUUGGUAUGAAUUAUAAGGACCACUGCCUGGAGCAAAACGCCCCGAUUCCUAAAGAGCCCAUCAUAUUCAGCAAGUUCCCCUCCGCCAUCACUGGCCCUUAUGAUGACAUCAUUCUACCAGAGGAGAGUCAGGAAGUGGACUGGGAGGUGGAACUUGCCUUCGUGAUUGGACGAAAAGGAAAGCAUAUUAAGGAAGAGGAGGCCCUUUCCUAUGUUGCAGGUUUCACUAUUGCGAAUGAUGUAAGUGCUCGUGAUUGGCAGAUGAAGCGAAACGGAAAGCAGUGGCUGCUGGGAAAAACAUUUGACACGUUUUGUCCACUGGGGCCAGCGCUGGUCACUACUGCAGCACUGAAAGAUGUUCAUAACCUGGGUAUCCGCUGCCUGGUGAAUGGGGCCGCAGUUCAGGACAGUAACACCAAUCAAUUGAUCUUUCACAUCGAGAAGCUGGUGGCUUGGGUCUCACAGUUUGUGACUCUUUGUCCUGGCGAUGUGUUUUUGACCGGAACUCCUCCAGGUGUGGGGGUGUUCAGAAAUCCACCUGUGUUUCUAAAGAGGGGAGAUGUUGUGGAGUGUCAGAUUGAUGAGAUUGGAUCGAUACGGAACACAGUCGUGUAACAAGAAGAUCUUUUAUCUAUGUAGAAGUGCCAAUACGGAAUCUAAUUAUUUCAUGCUGUCAUAAAACAAUGGGGUUUUUUUUUAGCUGAAGUAAAUAAAAUAAACAUUAUGCUCUGGGCCACUUCUUAAAGUUUUUUUUUUUUUUUUUUUUUUUUUUUUUUUUUAAUAAUGCAGCAAUUUAUUCUGAAUCAGGCACAUGUAUUUUUCAUAAAGUAUUGAAUUCCAUGUAAAUGUCAAACUUUUCAUGCACAGGAUACAGAAUGCAUCUAGUUUCCAGUAGAGGGCAUUACUGACCUGUGUACGAUAGCUUUCACCAUUUCAUGUCCAUCUAUUCUCAGCUUGAGAUAGAUAGGCUUGGUUCCCAGAAACUAUUUUUAUGUGUCUGUGUUGAAUUAUACCGUCAUUCAAACUAAGAUGACUAUGCAGGAUUCUUAUGGAAAACCUUUAAAAUUGUGAUUCUUAAAUCUGGAAAAUUCAUUAAAAUAAAUAAAAACCAUAAAAA